CCGCCUGACCCGCUUCUGUUUACAAAUCAGCAGACAGUUGGACAGAUCAGAAUGAGGAGUCCUGCGUGAUCUGAACAGAGUCGUCUUUUCUUCUGAGUCGUGGCUGAGGAGAAUCACAAGACUGUGACAGUUCGGUUGGGUCGCGGUCAUGCAGCACCCCAAUUUUGAGACCCGCCACCCUCUCCAGACAGACGAGCAGCAGGAGACGGGCUUAGAUCCCCUCAACAAUUUCAACAAGAACCGCAACAGAGGAUCUCUUGACAGCAGCACUUACUCACAGCCUCAGUCCACCUUCCUCUCAUACAGGAAAGAAUGGGACGACUUGUUCCUCAACAGUAAUUACCUGGCCCGGAUCCGGCAGGCAGGCAUCAAUGGUCGACUGAGGAGCAGCCGCUUUCGGAGCGUAUGCUGGAAGCUCUAUCUGGAGGCUCUUCCUGAAGAUAAGGGGCAGUGGAUCAACAAGACCAAGGAGCUCCGAGCUCAAUAUGAGAAGAUCAAAGAGACGCACAUCACGAACCCUCGUAAAGCUGCGGGCCAGCAAGACCUGGUGAUCAACAACCCACUGUCCCAGGAUGAAGGGAGCCUGUGGAACAAGUUCUUCCAAGAUAAGGAGCUGAAGGGGAUGAUCAAACAGGAUGUGCUGAGGACGUUCCCUGAGAUCCGAUACUUCCAGGACGAGGAUGUGAGGACCAAGCUGACGGACAUCCUUUUCUGUUAUGCCAGAGAAAAUGAGCAGUUACUGUAUAAACAGGGGAUGCAUGAGCUGCUGGCUCCCAUUGUGUUUGUGCUGCACUGUGACCACCAGGCCUUCCAGCACGCCAGCGAGACGGCCAGCCCCAGUGAGGAGAUGAAGUGUCUGCUGAACCCAGAGUUCCUCGAGCAUGAUGCCUAUGCCUUGUUCUCGCAGCUGAUGGAGACAGCAGAGCCGUGGUUCUCCAGCUUUGAGAGGGAAGUGAGGAAGGGUAAGGAGGAGAUGCUGACCAGCAUACCAUUUGCGAGGCCUCAGGACUCGGGGCCUUCUGUUGCCAUAGUGACCAAAGUGAACCGAAUCCAGGACCAGCUGGUGAAGAAGCACGACGUCGAGCUGCACAUGCACCUCAACCGGCUGGAGAUCGCCCCUCAGAUCUACGGCAUUCGGUGGGUUCGUCUGCUGUUCGGUCGGGAGUUUCCGCUCCAGGACCUGCUGGUGGUGUGGGAUGCUCUGUUUGCUGACAGCAUCACUCUGGACCUGGUGGACUACAUCUUUGUGGCCAUGCUGCUCUACAUCCGAGAUGCCCUGAUUGCCAGUAAUUUCCAGACCUGCCUGGGCCUGCUAAUGCACUACCCUCCAUUAGGAGACAUCAACUCUCUGCUGCAGAAGGCUCUUUUCCUCCGAGACCCUAAAAAUAAUCCACGACCCGUCAACUACCAGUUUCAGCAGAACCUGGAUUACUACAAAACAAGAGGAGCUGACCUGAUGAACAAAACACGCACCAGUUCCAGUACAAAAGCUGCCCCUCUCAACAUAAACAAAGUCUCCAGCAGCCUGCUCAGCUUUGGCAGGAAGCUCAUCGCUCCGGCCAUCUCCAGCGGCUCCAGCAGCGUCUCACCCAUCAACAGCGAGGUUCACUCCACCUCUCCCUCAUCCUCCUCAUCCACUGCUCCCACAUCUGUGCCCACGCCCACCCUCUCUCACCCCCUGGCUGAGCCCCCAUCAGGCCAUGCCCCUCCACAGACGCAGAGCAACACCCAGAAUCAGCACUACCGACUACUCAAGUCAGAGAGCAUGCCGGUGCACCUCAGUAAAGAUGUAGUUUCAGGUGGAGUGUCUCAGGUCUCUAAUCCAGCGCAGACUCACACUGACACACAAGGCCAAAGCUCGCGGACAGUCAGCUCCUCUCCCAGUAUAGAAAGCCUCUCGGGUGGCCGGGGUCAGUCCACCGCCUCCCCGCCUCUGCCCCCCUCCAGAGGAAGUGACGUCAGCACUUCUUCUCCACCCCUAUCCGCCACCAAGAAGGAGUCUUUCUUCCACAUCACUCGCUCUCGCUCCCACAGUAAAACCAUGGGCAAGAAGGAGACGGAGGAAGACCUUGAAGCCCAGGUAUCGUUCCUGCAGGGUCAGAUCAACGACCUGGAGGCCAUGAGCAAAUACUGUGCCAAAAUGAUGAACACUCACAUCUGUAAAAUCCAGGAGGUGAUUCUACAAGAAAACCUUGAAAAGGAGGAUGAGGUCUUAGUGUCUCUGGCUGGACUCAAACAGAUCAAAGACAUCCUCAAGGGGGCGCUGCGCUUCAACCAAAGCCAGCUGGAGGCCGAGGAGAACGAGGAGAUCACCAUCGCUGAUGAUCACUACACCUCCACAGCAGCGGCAGCUGAGACUGCUCUGAGUGCCAACCAUCACCUCAGUGACCAACAACACGCACACAGCAGGAGGGAGAGGGACUCAGACCUGGACGGGAGCGUGAGCACGGAGGAGAGAGAGGAGGAGGAGCAGGCCAUGACUCCACCCGAUCAACAGGUUGCGUCCUCUCUCGGCUCCGAGGGUAAAAACUGGGACGACUACAUCCUCGUGUCCCAGGACGGAGACCUGCAGCCUGCAGAGGAGGGGUUGAGAGAGGGAGGAGGAGGAGGAGGAGGUAGAGCUGCUAGUGAGCGCACCCCUCCGAUCGGGCGAGGCCGCGGCAUGGUGCGACUGGAGCCGGAGGGUGCAGCGGGGACCUUCCACGACCCCCUCAUGGCGGGACCCAACUCCGGCUCAUCCAGCCCAGACGAGGGCUCCACCCACAGCAAGGACUCUGACUUCACUAUUGUGAACCCGAAUGAUCUUUGAGCGAGAAAAUCCCACCCUCCACCUCCUCCGCUUUCACCCCAUUUGGGGGAUGUGAUCCGUAAAGACUAAUUUGGGAUCAGAAAGAGGGGUCUGUGGGUUUCACCGGGGCUCAGAAAAGUUGCACAUGUGGACUGUGACAACUAGUCACAAAGUUAUUCUAAUCUGUCUCUUUACCCUUCAUCUGUCUGAGCUGAUGCUGUAUGCUUUCUCUUCUAAUGCCUGUCUCCUCAUCAUGUUCUCAUUCUAUUUAACUGUAGCUCCACAGGGAGAGGGCGCCAUCAAACUCUUUACCCCCUCACUACACAAUUACUCAGAAGAAUUGGACCUCAAAAUGCAUUUCUUCACAUGGGAGGACUCUUUCUCUCCUCCUGCUUUUACUGUAACGUCAGGAGUGUGAUGCUGUUUCUUCUGAAUGUGAAGACAUGUCCGUACCUCUGCCUGUGCUACAUCCGUGUGUCUGCAUCCUUACGAGGAUAUUUUCCACUCAAAGGAAAAGCCUCCCCCUCCUGAACCAGUGCCUCUGACCGUAAUCCUCCUCAACCAAACAAAACCUGACUCUGUGAUCUUAUACUUUCUGUUAGUUUUUUUUUUUUUAUUUUAAGAGAAUAUUUUUAACCCUUAGACCUUUAGUUUCCUGGAUACAAACGGGAUAGGUCUUUUUUUGUUUUGUUUUUAAAUUGACUCCAUUAUGGACAUUUUAACGUGUUGAUUGACAGUUUAUUCAGUUGUUCUCGUGUCCUGUGGAAACCAUGUAAAGCAGCACACACAAAGAAUGUCCCUCUAGCUGCCCAUUCAGCAUAAUUAACUCAAGACCAAUAAAACUACAUAGCUCUUGCUACACACUGAAGUUAUUGUGUCUGUGUGGGGAUGCUGGGUUUGUUUG